AUGAGGCUGGCCUAUCUGGUCAUGCUUAUCGUUGUGCUGUACAAUUCAGAUAUCUUACUAGCACACGCCCAUAUUGAGUCCUGUUGCCGGAAUCGUGGUGUAUCGGAUGCGUGUUCACACGCUUUAUGCCGACUUGAAUCGCCACCUGGCGACAUUGAACGCUAUUCAAUCUUCGAGGCCCGUACUGGUUGUGCACACUAUUUGACGGAAAUUGCUGAAUGUCUUGUUGAUGGACGAGAUUCGACCGAAUGCUGCCGUACUUCAGCAGUACAAGCCGAAGAGAAUUCCUGCCUUGCUAUGUGUCGCGGUUCGUCGACCGGAGUCAAUCGUUGGAUACGGUACCAAUCAUGUUUGGCGAUCAAUCUACCUUCAAUGUAUACUUGUAUUCUUGGCAGUCAUUCCACUACACCUACUCCACCACAACUUUUAAAAAUCAUCUCAAAAACUCGGACAUCGGUUGAGAUUCAAUGGAGUGCUCCAGCUAAAUAUCCGGAACUGGUCCAUAUCUACAAAGUGCACGUCACUGACACAUCCGGCGCUAUACAUGAGGAGGUGAUUCAUUCGACCAGGCUUUUCUCCAUAAAUCUGACGAAUCUUCGACCUGAUGCGAAGUAUUCGAUAUUCGUCGUAGCGCAUGCAUCAGAUCUAUCCAAAAAGUCUACCCCGUCGGAUAUUCUUCACAUUAGCACUUCAACAACGGACGAUCAAGAUGGGGUCAGCUACACUUCCAACAUCCAGCUUCCACCUGAUGCUACUACCGCAACCCUGGCCUGUCGUUUACGUAUGAGCAUUGGAGCCAAAAUGUAUAUGGUAUGGGAGAAACAAAUUGGCUCUUCAUAUCGUAAACUUGAAGGUUCACGAUUCAAAGUCACUACUUAUGCAUCGGAAGAUGGUACUGGAAUGCUCGUAUCGGCUCUUGAUAUUCGUUCACUUGAAAGGUCCGAUUUUGGCACGUACAAAUGCCAUGUACGAGGAAAUGUCAACGAUUACGGCGAGGUCCACCUUAUCGCUCAUUCACAUGCCGUUGGACGACCACCUUCGAACCCACCCGAAACCUUACUGGAAUGUUGCUCCCGUGCCGUAUUCCGUGCACAUUGCCACUCUGUAUGUUACACGGGCAGUGAAAGGAAACGUGGACUUAAACCUGGUAACUAUUUACCACAAUAUCGAUGCCUUGAUGAAUUCCAAAGCUUGCUACGUUGUACCUUGAAUGAGAUGAAUAGUGCCGCAUGCUGUAUACGGAAAAAGGUGCUCACUUCUUUUCUUGCUUUUACUUUUAUGUUCCAUUCUAACUGA